UCUUCUUAUUUAUUGAUUGACGAUUUUACCCCCGAAACUUUAGUUCAACUCCUUUCGCAUCCUCAACGGAUAGAAUGAAGAUGAAAUUCUUGAAGACCGGUGAUUGGAGACACGACAACUCUCUGUUUGCAACCACAAAGAACAGCAGCAGCACCAGACCUCCUCUCUUCCCAGAGUUGGUAUACAUAUUCUGAGCUCUGGAUUGUUAGUAUGAAGCAAGAAGAAGUUGCUACAGGAUCUUGUUAGAAUUCAUAAAGCAAAACUAUGGCAGCUUUUCCUGCAACAAGAAUGUGCCCACUUGCCAUUUCUAAUUCCGCUGGAAGAAUUAAUGGUAGACGACUGCAGGGCAGGUGUCAUGCAGGGCUUUCUUUGGAGGAAGCAUCACCUCGUCGCCGGUUUAUUAUAGGAGGUGCCAUGUUUCCUGUACUUUUAUUAGUAAACUUGAAUUAUGAGUCAAUGUUAUUACCUGCAUUGGCUGAGGGAAAAUCAGAAGCCUCGGAGGGUAAGGAAGAGGGUUUAGUUGGGGCCUUACAGUCAUUGUUUGACCCUAAUGAGAAAACAAAAUCAGGAAAAGUUUUGCCAAAGGCUUACUUGAAGUCUGCUAGAGAAGUUGUGAAGACACUUCGUGAAUCACUUAAGGAAGAUACAAAGGAUAUUGCUAAGUUCAGACGGACAGCUGAUGCAGCAAAGGAAUCAAUCCGAGAAUAUUUGAACGGUUGGAGGGGACAAAAGUCAGUUGUUAAUGAGGAAUCAUAUGUUAUGCUUGAAAAAGCCAUCAGAUCUCUUGCCAGCUUUUACUCCAAGGCAGGCCCUUCUGCACCUCUUCCGGAGGAGGUCAAGUCUGAAAUAUUAAGUGAACUGACCACUGCAGAAGAUUUUUUGUGAAAUGAGAUUCUUUUCUCAGGUGUUUAAGGUUCUUGAACAAGAUGAACCUAUUUAGAUUACUUGUUCUAUGUAGCCUUAUCUCAUUUCAUACAUAUAUAUAUAUAGUAGCCUCUAUUAGUUGUUUGUAUAAAGUUCUCUUUCAAAUAAUACUAUCAUAGAGCUGAUUACUGUUC